AGUAAACCAAACACGCGGCUGUGUUGCUGUGUUGACGACUCAAGUGGGUCCACAGACCAGAUCGGCCAGGUAAACCCGGCAAAACAGGUAAACCAGGUAAAACAGGUAAACCCGGUAAAACAGGUAAACCAGGUAAACCCGGCGAACCGGGUCUGAGCGGUUCGGAUACUUACCCGUCUCUCCGCGCUGGGACGUCAUGGCCGCGGUUCCUGGACAGUUCGACGAUGCAGAGAACAUCGACCAGUCAGAAGCUCUGCUGACCCACCUGAGUGACGUCACGCUGCAUCCUGCCCCAGAGCAGCAGCACGGCAGUGGGGGGGAGGAGGACGAGGAGGACGAGGAGGACGAGGAGGACGAGGAGGACGAGGAUGAGUGGGUGUGGACCUCAGCUUCAGAUCUCACCAAAAGAUACAACCAGACCUCUCACCGUUGUCAGGCUAACAGACAGAAUCCGUCCAAUAAGACACUGUCGUCAUCAACACCAUCUGACAAAGUUCUGAGGAAAUACGAACACAAGAUCAACCUGGAUAAACUAAACUAUGCCGACUCUGUGAUCAAUAAGGUGACGGCCAUGCAGAAACGUAGAGAAGCAGACACGUACAGAGUGAGGGACAAAUCAGACCGAGCCACCGUUGAGCAGGUUUUAGAUGCUCGAACUCGAAUGAUUCUGUUCAAGAUGUUGAGUCGAGGGGCCAUCAGCGAGAUCAACGGCUGCAUCAGCACAGGGAAGGAGGCCAACGUCUACUACGCCAGCACGCCGGCCGGAGACAGCAGGGCCAUCAAGAUCUACAAGACCUCCAUCCUACUGUUCAAGGACAGGGAUAAGUACGUCAGCGGAGAGUUCAGGUUCCGUUACGGCUACUGUAGAGGAAACCCCAGGAAGAUGGUGAGAACGUGGGCCGAGAAGGAGAUGAGGAACCUCAUCAGGCUACAGACGGCAGGAAUCCCCAGUCCAGAACCUGUUCUCCUCAGAAGCCACGUCCUGCUGAUGGGCUUCAUCGGAAAGGACAACAUGCCGGCUCCUUCGCUGAAGAACGCUUCAUUCUCCGAGUCCAAGGCCCGGGAACUCUACCUACAAGUCAUCCAGAACAUGAGGAAGAUGUUCCAGGAUGCUCGACUGGUCCACGCCGACCUCAGCGAGUUCAACAUGCUGUACCACGACGGAGACGCCUACAUCAUCGAUGUGUCGCAGUCGGUAGAACACGACCACCCCCACGCUCUGGAGUUCCUCAGGAAGGACUGCAGCAACGUCAACGAGUUCUUUGUGAAGCGCAGCGUUGCUGUCAUGACGGUCAGAGAGCUGUUUGACUUCGUCACUGACCCGUCCAUCACCUGCCAGAACAUGGACCAGUACUUGGAUAAGGUGAUGGCCAUCGCGGCUGAACGGACGCAGGCGCAGCGGUCGGACCAGGACCGGGUGGAUGAAGAGGUGUUCAAGAAGGCCUACAUACCUCGAACGCUGACGGAGGUGAGCUACUACGAGAGAGACGUGGAUUCAAUGAGGGCGAAAGAGGAGGAGACGGCCAUCAGUGGGCACAACGACAACAUUCUGUACCAGACGCUGACCGGGAUGAAGAAGGACCUCUCUGGGGUGCAGAUGGUUCCUGCCCUGCUGGAGGAGGACUGCUCUUCCUCGGAGGAGGAGGAGGAGGAGGAGGAGGAGGAGGAGGAGGAGGAAGAAGAGGAGGAGGGCAAGGAAGAAGAAGAGCAUGGUAGUGAGAAUGAAGAGGAGGAUAGGCAGGUGGAAGCUCCGAUGGACAAGAAGGACAGAAAGAAAAUGGUGAAGGAGGCUCAGAGGGAGAAGAGGAAGACCAAAGUACCAAAGAAUGUGAAAAAGAGGAAGGAGAAGGUGGCCAAGAUGAAGAAGGGCAGAUGACUUCUGUAUGUCCUGUAGUUUUCUACUCAGCCAGUCAGCAACCAGGAGAGGCUGUUGUGGCCAAUCACAGAUCAAAGCUAUGAGUUGGGUUUAAAAACCUGCCUCAUCACCAUGGUAACAAGAGCUUCAGAGAAGCUGAUCUUCACUUUCAGCUUCUGUUAGCCACAUGAUAAAGCUUGAACAUGUUUCAAAGUGGAACCUCCAUGUGGUCCAGAAUAAAGAUCAGAUUUUCACGUGGAAACGACACGAGUAUGUGGUUCUUUUCCAGUCGCUGGUGUGCAGAGACACCGUUGAUGGAACCUGGAACCUUCAAACAACAACUGCACACACCCCCUUGGCUAAGUCAGCCAAUCUGAAAUCACUAACUUGUAACCACACUAAAGGGGGUGUGCUCUAGUCCGCUUGCAGUUUGUUUUUGUUAUAAUAACCGGGGUUGAGUGCUGUCAGUUCCUGCCAACAUGGUGCCAUGCAGAGAUGAAAAAGAAGCUGUCCGGUUCUUUUCUAUAGUCAUGGUCUCUGCACCGUCUCAUAGCAUAGCACGUCAAGUAAUGUGACGAGUAGAAUCAAGCAGACGUAAUGUGCAGGUAGAAUUCAGUAGAACGUGAUAGGGCUUGGUCGUCUUGAUGUCAUCACCUGGCAGAGCCGCCAUGUUGGAAGCUAGCUUAGCUGCUCUUCGGACCACUGUACAGACGUGCUCCCUCUUCGUCGUGUCUUACUUGUAAUCGUUACUUUCCGUUAUUCUGUAACCAUGGUAACCCGUUGCUGUGUUGUGGCUGCAGCAGCUCCACAUAACAGACGUGGGGAAAAGAUCAAUAAUAGUUUAAAGGCCCUGACACACAAAGCCGAUAAUCCGC